ACCGCGUACCAACUCGCAUUUUGGAAAAAAGAAAAAAAAUUUGGUUUAACUCAGUAGCUAAUAUGUCCACAAGCGAUGGAGCUUCGGGAAGCAAACAAAUGCGUCUGUCCAACAAUCACAAUAGCAAGGAUUUGAAUGGAACAGCAGGCGUCGCCGGCGAAGGUGACGCAGCCAAUGCUCGUGACAAAAUAGCGUUGAUAACCGGCAUAACGGGACAGGAUGGUUCCUAUCUGGCCGAGUUUCUGUUGAAGAAGAACUAUGAAGUGCAUGGCAUCAUACGACGUGCCAGCACGUUUAAUACAACACGCAUCGAGCAUUUAUAUGCGGAUCCGAAGGCACACAAAGGCGGACGCAUGAAACUGCAUUAUGGCGAUAUGACUGAUAGCAGCAGCCUGGUGAAGAUCAUCAACAUGGUGAAGCCGACGGAGAUUUAUAACCUGGCUGCUCAAUCGCAUGUGAAAGUCUCCUUCGAUUUGAGUGAAUAUACGGCAGAGGUGGAUGCAGUUGGCACACUGCGCAUUCUGGAUGCCAUACGGACAUGUGGAAUGGAGAAAACUGUUCGAUUCUAUCAAGCGUCCACAUCAGAGCUGUAUGGCAAGGUUGUGGAGACGCCACAGAAUGAACAGACACCCUUCUACCCACGAUCGCCCUAUGCAUGUGCCAAGAUGUACGGCUUUUGGAUAGUGAUCAAUUACAGGGAAGCAUACGAUAUGUAUGCCUGUAAUGGCAUACUAUUCAAUCACGAGAGUCCGCGACGUGGCGAAAACUUUGUGACACGCAAAAUUACCCGUUCGGUAGCAAAAAUUUUGCUCAAUCAAAUGGAGUAUUUUGAGCUAGGCAACUUGGACUCGAAACGCGAUUGGGGACAUGCCAGCGACUAUGUGGAGGCCAUGUGGAUGAUGCUGCAGCGUGACACGCCUGCAGAUUAUGUGAUUGCAACUGGUGAAACGCACAGCGUGCGUGAAUUCGUGGAGGCGGCAUUUAAGCACAUCGGACGUGAAAUUACGUGGCGAGGCAAGGGCGUGGACGAAGUGGGCGUAGAACGUAACACGGAUAUUGUACGAGUCCGCAUCAACCCAAAGUAUUUCCGACCGACCGAAGUGGAUCUUCUGCAAGGCGAUGCGUCAAAAGCUAAACGUGAGCUCAACUGGACGCCAAAAGUGAGUUUCUUGGAGCUGGUCACCGAUAUGAUGAACGCAGACAUCGAACUGAUGAAAAAGAAUCCCAUUGCAUAGAUUGUGGAUCGCAACAGGGCAUAAACUGGCACAAACUUUCAUAUACAUAUACAUUAUAUACAUAUAUAUAGAUAUUGAUAUAUAGGCUUAAGAAUGUAAAGUGUUUUAUGUUUCCUCGACGGGAUUUGCAA